CCAACUAAUUCAAGAGUUUGAAAAGUUUGGGGAAUUUUGUGAGACUUCCAGAACUGACAAGAGUGAGUGCAGGCAGUGGCUCUCUGGAAUUAUAAGUCUGCAAUAAAAUUUCCUCUACAGCUCAACGAUGUCAGCGCAUUUCAACAAGGGACCUGCGUAUGGACUCUCAGCAGAGGUGAAUCGCAAGAUCGCCCAGAAAUAUGACCCACAAAAAGAUGAGGAUAUCCGGAGAUGGAUUGAAGAUGUGACUGGAAUCACGAUAUCUGAAAACCUAAUGGAUGGGCUGAAGAAUGGAGUUGUGCUGUGCAAGCUUAUUAAUACACUGCAGCCUGGCUCAGUGAAGAAGAUUAAUGAUUCCCCACAGAACUGGCAUCAGCUGGAGAACAUUGGAAACUUUCUCAAAGCAAUCGCAAAAUACGGCGUGAAGCUUCAUGACAGCUUUGAAGCCAACGACCUGUAUGAGAACUGUAACUUGACCCAAGUUCAGACCACUCUCAUGGCCCUGGCUAGCUUGGCAAAGACGAAAGGGUACCAAACUAAAUCGGACAUUGGUGUGAGAUACGCAGAGAAACAGCAACGCGCUUUUAAUAGUGAGACACUGAAAGCAGGACGGAACAUCAUUGGACUUCAGAUGGGGACAAAUAAAUUUGCCAGCCAGCAGGGUAUGACUGCCUAUGGCACCAGAAGGCACCUGUAUGACCCCAAAACUGGAGUGGAGAAGCCCCUCGACCAGACAACCAUCAGCCUCCAAAUGGGAACCAACAAGGGGGCAACACAGGCUGGAAUGACGGCCCCGGGAACACGGAGGCACAUUGUUGAUAACAAGCUGGGCACUGAAAAGUGCGACUCCAGUAUCGUGUCGCUACAGAUGGGAACAAACCAGGGGGCCUCGCAGAAAGGAAUGACUGUGUAUGGGCUGAGCCGCCAGGUAUUUGACGCCAAGUACUGCUGCAUUUCCAACUACCCCAACGACGACGGCAUCCUGUUGGCAAGCGGCUCGGAAUGCAGCGAAGGCGACUACCAGGGAGAGUACAAAUACAAUCAGCACACGGAUGCCAUUCGCCGCGGGCAAAUCUAUCAGGACUUUGAGUGAGAACACAGUGAUGCCACUCAACGGACUGAUUUGUACAAAUGUGCAUUGCAUCCUUACAUACCCCUUUCACCCAAUGCUCAGUACUAGGGCCCCAUGUGUACAACCCUGGUCAAAGAGACACAGAACACUUCCCUGCCAAUGCGCACUGCUGCAGAAACCUAUACCCAGCUCCAGUGCCAAAAAUGAGUUGGCAGACACAUCCAUUUUUUUUCCCCCUUAUCCAUCUGAGUCAGUGAUGGACUGGCUAAUUGACUCAAAACAACCGGAAAAUGCAGGCCAAUGAAAUCAUUGGCAAAAGGAUAUUGAACUAUUGGGUUAAAUCCAGUUUCAGGAGUUCCAAUGGUCAAGUUUUGUAUGGCAAUCCCAAGUCUUCAGUAACUCAAUCAGUUUACUCUCAUCAGACUAAUAUUUUGUACAAUACUGGAUGUACAAUCCCAAUAUAUACACACAAUGUAAUUUACUGUCCACCUGUCACAGGGAUAAAUUCUGUAUUUCAACACUGCCACGUUGCAUAAUUAACACAUGAUACUGGUGGAUUUAAUUGUACAGUCCCUGUAAAAUGCAAUGCCAGUCAUCACUGGGAUGUGGGCCGUUUCAUAAUGCCAGCUUUGAUAAUUUGUCAAACUUCCAUCAUGGUAAGAUCUAUGCUGAUGCACAAAAACAGAGAGAACAACAUGUUAAAGCAUCUUAACCCACUCAACGUUAAUCCUGUAGCUACAGCAACAGCAGAUGAUGGAGGCACUUUCAAAGUAUUUAGAUUAGUUUCUAGAAUUAGAGGUGCUUCUUUUCAAAAGCAGUCCUUUAAUUAUCUAUACCCACUAUUAGCAUUAGUUGUAGAUCAAGAAUUCCCUCUGCACGCAGACACUUGCCUUUCCAAAUUCUACCAAGCGCUAGGCUUUAAGCAGGCAGUCAAACUCGACAACAGCGAAGGCUGAGAUCAGGCCUUGGAACUUCCCUUUAGUCAGCUCACUGUUUGUACAGAACAACGGAAGGACACGCCACGUGCCGGGUAAACUGAAGGUAAUAUUUAUACUCAAAAAAAAAAACUGUGACAGCAUCAGCACCAGGGCUAUAACAUGGACAAGCAUUUUGUCAAUUGGUUCAUUGUGAAGAUGCGAAAAAACAAAGUUGCCAACCAAGGCCUGAGAUCAGAUGCAGCCAAUGAGCACAUCUCUGUGGUCAAGCUUCUGCUGUGUUCUGCCUCCCUACACAGACCCCAGCUAACGGUGUCUGUACCAGUUCCCCAGGUUAAUGUCCAUCUGGCUGCCACUGCAGAACAAGUCAUCAGGCAGUGCAUAAGUAGUAAACGGAAUUACACCGGCAUUUAGUCAGUCAUAUCUGGAAGCCUUCAGACACUUAUCAAUUCUUUGUUUGAUGAACUGUGUUCAGGGCAACGUGAUAGUUUGACAUCAGUUAUUGAACUGUUAACUAUCUCCUGUGACUAAUUAAAAGGCCUCUUACUGCAGUGAACAAUGUGAAAUGUCUGCUGUUGUCCUACUCCAGAGCAGAAAGUUUAAUAAAUCCAAAACACAGAGCAAGUUGGUGAAUGCAGAGCCCACCAUGUCAAUCAGCAUCGAUUAACACAGAAGUUGUUAUUCAGUCAAUAGUUUAAAAUCGGAGAUGGUUCCCGUUUCUAUUUUCUCCACGCUACAUCAGAACCUUGCCACCCUGAUACUUUUACCCUUUACCUACAUUGGAAUGGUAAUGCACAGACACAUAUCCCAAAAAGGCUGCAUUAUACUGAAGAGGGGUUGCACAAAGUCCUCCUCCAAAAUUCUUCCUGCAGCACCCACUCUGAUCUGUGUGUUGCUUAGAGGUGUUACCCGACUGUUCAUUGGAGCAGAAUCACAUUGAGCACUCUAAACCACAGUGCAUUAGCACAUUGCAUGGUCAUGUGCGCACACUACAUCAGAACAACGUCACACCAGAAACUCUUCCAGAUUACAAUACACUUAAUUGUAAAGGCAUGAUCAUCAAGCUUGGAUUUUCACACAAAAGGCAAAAUAACAUUGCUCAUAAGGGAUAAAUGUUUCAAUUCCAUUCCCUGGCAGAGAAGUGAAAUUGCCCAAAUAAGGAUGUAACAUGCUGGAAAUAUUCAUCAGUAAGGCUGCAUCAGUGACAGAGCAGGCAAAAUUAGCAUUUCGGGUCAAUAAUGUUCCAUUGAAAUCCAAAAUGUAUUAUGUAGGCCAGGGGAUGAGAUUCUCAAAAAUGUCACACGUAGCUGAAAACUUCUCUCAGGAGCAGAGACGAGGGAAAACCACGACUCUGUCCAUGAUCCAGGUGCAAGACAAUUUGGAGCCUUGCUUGGCUCCAACAAACUGCAUUCACCUUGCCUGCAUUUACACUCUACAACAACAUGAUUAGACAAAUUCUAGGAUCUUGAUUGCACAGGAUGAACAAGAACUACAGAAAUUGAGUAAGGAAAGGCUAAAGUUCUAUGGGAGGGAGUGAGAGAUGUAGGUACAAGUACCACAAAACUAAUAGGUCCAAAAAAAAACUCCUGUGUUGUGUAGGAAAACAAGAAGUUUAAAGCAGUGUUGAUAGGUUCUUGAUUAGUAAGGGCGUCAAAGGUUACGGGGAAAAGACAGAAUGGAAUCAGGAGGGAAAAUAAAUCUGCCAAGAUUGAAUGAUGGAGCAGACCCGAUGGGCUGAAUAGCCUAAUUCUGCUCCAAUAUCUUAUGUUGAGCCUAAGAUACUACUGGUACUAACACUAUACCAAAUGCUGGGCACAGUUAUCAAUCUAGCUCUAGUUAACUAUAGUAAUUUAUUUAAAUCUUACAUCCAUCUCACAAUGCAAGGGAGUAAAACUCUUUGUGUUAUGACUCCAUCACAAUGUACAGACAAGUCUAAUGGCUUGUAGAAAGCAGCUGUCCCAUAGCCUGUUGGUCCUGGCUUUAAUGCUGUGGUAUCGUUUGUCAGACAAAAGCAGCUGAAACAGUUUAUGGUUGGGGUGAUUGGCGUCCCCGAUGACCUUCCAGGCCUUCCUUAUGCAUCUGCUGCUGUAAAUGUCUUUCGUGGAGGGAGGUUCACAAUCCACAGAUGUGCUGGGCUGUCUGUACCACUCUCUGCAGCACCCAGCGAUCAAGGUUGGUGCAGUUCCAGUGCAAGGCAGUGAUACAGCCAGUCAGGAUGCUCUCACUGGUGCCUCUGUAGAGGGUCUUGAGGAUUUGGGGGCUCAUGCUGAACUUCUGCAGCCGCCUGAGGUGGAAAAGCCGCUGUUGUGCUUUUUUUUUUGUCACACAGCCGGUGUGUACAGUCCAGGUGAGAUCUUCAGUGAUGUGUAUACCAAAGAACUUGAAACUACUCACCCUCUCAUCUCAGACCCAUUGCUUUUAUCGGGGCAAAUCUGUCUCCGUUCCUCCUGUAAUCCACAAUCAGCUCAUUUGUUUUCUGGAAAUUGAGGGGGAGGUUGUUAUCUUGGCACCACUGUGUCAGGGUGUUAACCUCUCCUCUGUAGGCUGUCUUGUCACUGCCAUAAUCUAACAUGCUUAGUAAUACAAAAAGGAAAUAUACACGAAAUGCUGGAGGAACCUACCAAAGGGUCUCAGCCCAAAACAUUGACUGUACUCGUUUCCAUAGAUGCUGCCUGGCCUGCUGAGUUCCUCCAGCAUUUUGUAUGUAUUGCUUGGAUUUCCAGCAUCUACAUAUUUUCUCGUUUGUAAACAGGAAAUAUCAACAUUUCUGGUGGUGGAUGGUGCAGUGUUAGUUUGGAGAUGGUCGCAAUAAACCACAAGGAGACUUUAAAACGAGCACGUGAGAUGUUACAAUUUGAGAUAGACAUUUUACUGAGAAAAUAAUUUUAAAAAGCAAGGAGGAACAAAAGGAUCUCAGAGUUGAAAAGUGGAAGAGUUGUGUUCAACUUGCAACCAGUCCUACACAAUGUUAAAAACCUGAAUAAAACUGAAAAAUAAUUUUUGUGCGAAGAAUUAGUGUUAAAAUUGUCAGUAAAAGUUUCCCACUCUACAGAUGCAAUCUGACCUGUUGAG